AUGAACUCAAUAUCUAAGGACUUCGGCUGCUGGGUCAAAGAAAAUCAGAAAAUCGGAUUAAAUGGCUACGGAAAAGAGGAUUUUUACGUAUCGGAGGAUGCUUUAAGAGUCUAUUGGGAGGUGCAUCGAGUUCGCGACGUCUUUAGUGAAGCCGGUAUACAUCGACAAACUCCACCUUCACCGGAAUUGAUUAUUCAGAGCUAUAUACGCAUUUUCUCGAUUCUUAUAUAUAUCGCAACACCCGACCUACCAAGUUUAGCUUACCUUAGCGUGUUCUCUGCAAGCGGACGUAACGACUAUAACCUACCUUUGGCGGGAGACAUUUUCCCUAACACAGAGGAAGGAAGAAAAGUUCAAGCGAGAUUCCUCGAGUCCCAGUUCUUGUUCAGCCCAGUUGUGUUUUCUCCGCAACUGCACGAAAGAGAGCUUGACAGUCGCCACGUUCUACCGUUAACCUUUAAGCGGCAGCUUUCCGGCCGUCCAGGCAGCUCUACGAAUUCGGCUAUCACCAAAUUAUAUAAGUUGGAGAAGGCCUCGAAGCUUCAGACGAAAGAGGAUCUCGUCGUCAUCAAAGAGUAUCCGAAAAGUGAAAUCGAGCACAGCUUCAAGAACGAACUGAAAGCGUACAUGUCUUUUCACUACGCUGGAGAUGAACCUUAUGUGUCCAAAUACUUUUUGAAAUACUACGGAUCAUUCAAGCAGAAUAAUAAAGGCUUUAUCAUUCUUGAAUAUGCAGAUGAAGGAAGCUUGCUCGAGUUUUUCAAGAGCAACCAAGUGCCGCGCACUCGUGAAGAGCUUCAUGGGUUGUUUGAAAACCUUUCCGAUUUACUCUACGGCCUGCGGAUAUUGCAUGCGAAAGAUCUCGGAAAGACCAACAGGCAACUGCGAGGAGUGCAUCAAGAUUUGAAGCCAGCAAAUAUAUUUGUCUCUCGGAACGAGAAUGGGGGCACAUAUCAGUAUAAUUUCAAAAUCGGAGACUUCGGGUUGACUAGUUUCACCCCGACCGAGGCAAAUGAAAUCAAAAACCGUGAUAACAAAGGUGGUAUCAUGUACAAUGCUCCCGAAAUGACCAACUAUGAUGAUUUCUCCCGAUCUCUCGACGAAGGUAUCAGUCAUCUCGUUGACAUAUGGUCCUUUAGCUGUGUGCUUUUCGAGGCAGCUGUCUGGGCAAUAUCCGAUGAGAGAGGACGAGAGGAAUUCAGAAGUCUGCGGUGCAAAGAAAACGACCAGAAGCCCCGUCAUCGCGAUCAAGGGUAUGGGGCUUCGUUUCAUAAUGGCGAAAGAAGACUAGGUGCGAUAGAGAAGACGCUGGAACAAAUACUCGAACAAAGGCGAUUUUUUGAUGAUAUAACGGAAGGUUUUUGCAAACUCUUAUUGAGAUAUGCGAUGGUGCCGGUGCGAGGACAGCCCAGCGCGCGCUAUGAUGCCAAUGAACUAGGGGCUGUUAUUAAAGAAUAUCUCGAGAAUGCUAAAACACCGCAGCAAUCAGGGGUAACAUCGUCUCCAGUUGGCAGAACCUCUCUGCCGGAGCUGAACCACAAUUAUAACCAUUAUCUCCCGAGUCACCCACGGGAUUCACUCGAGCUUAUAAGUGGAAAGUAUAAUAUAUCCAUGGAUAGGGCUUUCCUAGGAGGAAAUCAGUCACUUCAGAGAUCAUUCAACCAUGAUAUGAGGAUCAAUGAAACUUACGGUUUGAAGAAUCCACGUUCUUCGGGCGACUUCCCUGAGAGAUCAUAUUUGGACAAUCGACCAUACUUUGAAUACCACAAAUCAUUACCUUCUCCAAUUUAUGGAGAACAAUUUCCCAGUAACGGUAAUAACCUCACGGCUGAUCCUGAAAAGGAAGUUUCGAAAAAUGGGGAAAAAACCAAGUCCUUCGUCACAGAGCUAUCAAAGCAAACACCCUCGGAUAAGCAAAUAGAGUACCCCAAAUUUGGGAUCCAAGACGUGAUCAGAUGGAUAGAUGGAGGGAGAUAUCAAAGUGAUAGGCUUUAUAAAGGCUUAUCUAGUGCACUUGAGACGCUGAAGAAGCGACAACAGAUAUUCAUCAUUGAUGACACCGCGGUUAUGAAAAGAGAUCAUUGGCAAAGCGUCGUUAGCACAUUCAGAGCCCUCGCGCAUCUCACCAAUAAGGUUGACCCUGAUGGUAUCGAGUUAUACUUUAGAUCGAGCCCCGACCAACCCAAGAAACCGCCCAAGCUCAGUUUAUGGAAUGGAAGAACGGGGGCGGAGAAGUUGGUUGAUAAAGUAGUCUCUCAAGGCAAGAAGCAGGAAGAGGCAAUUUGCUAUAUGCAGAGUAGUAUCGGCAAAAUUUUGAACCAAGUGAAGGAAAAGAUAUCACACAAAAACUCGGAAACAAGCAUCUAUAUCUUGACCGAUGGAAUUUGGGAUGAUGCUAUAGAUAGUCGCAAUAUCUGUGGAGUUGAUAAUGCCAUUCUUUCACUUGUCAGAGAAAUGUGUCGACUGAAUCGGGGGGAGUCCCACAUAUCGAUCCAAUUCAUACGAUUCGGUGACAGUGAGGUUGGCAAAAGUCGACUGAAAUACCUCGACGACGACUUAACUAAGGAGUUCAAGGAGUUCAAGUCCUAUGAUAUCGUUGAUACCACAACCGAUCGUUCCCCUGUGUGGAAAAUGCUUCUUGGUAGCAUAAUAGGUACAGUUGAUAAUGCUAUCGACGACCGUCCGGGAGAUGUAUCUGGAUAA